UCCGAAGCUGUUGAAAUUUUUGUAGUCGAAUAUUGUUGAUCAAUUGGUGAAAGGUAUCUCGUUUGGAUUUUGGAAUUUGAUUUGGGAAUUCUUUGAGCUUGUUUAAUGCCAAUGCAUCAAAUUUGGCUGCUAUUGCUCGCGUUCGAGUGAGUGAAUCGUGUGCUUUAGUUACUGCUCACCCUAGAAGAGCUCAUCAUCGAAGUUACGAGAAGCAUUAAACGGAAAUUGGGGUUUUUGUAGCUGAAAAUAAAAAAAUAGGUUUUGCGGUAAUCCAGAUAUGUCGACGGGCAAACCUAAAGACGGUGAUCUCCCGGUGGUUUCGGUGCCGGAGAAGUCGAAACCGCCGCGUCCGCCGGCAACAGCAGUAUCCAAUGCACUUGUGGAAUAUACUCCAGUUGGUUUCAAGGAGGAAGAAGAGGACCUUGAGGUUAAGCUACGACGUAUUAUCGAUAACGUGCCUGUCCGAGUCAGCAACACGUCUGGAAGCUCUGCCGGUUCCGGCUCCGGUGACUUUCAUCAGUAUCGACAGAUGAGACGGAAAGAGCAAGAUAGACUUGCGAGGAUGGAAGUUGAUUAUCAGAAAAGGAAAGAACUGGCAGAGUUUACAAUGAGGAGGGAGGAAAGGUUAAAAGCUGCUGAAGAGCGAACAGCAAAGAAGCGAUUGAAACGUCAAAAGAAAAGGCAAAGAAAGAAGGAAAAGAAGAGUAAAUCGAAUACUGGAGAACAGCAGGAACAAAAAGAAGGAUCUUCGGACGAGGGGGACUCAGAUAAUGACGAGGAGGCAACAUAGUAAAGCAUGCCUUGGCCGUACUUUAAU